UUCCCACAUGCAGAUACGCCCACAUACAACAUGAGGAACUGUAUUAAAGGGUCCCGGCAUUAGGAGGGUUGAGAACCACUGAUAAGGAGAUGAUUUGUAUCCUGGGCAACUGCUGGAAGGUUGACUGGGGGAAAAGAUCAAACUAACUCUACCUGAUUUAUGAAUUGUUCUGUUUUGUUUUUAAUGUCAAUGACUGAACUUUAAAGGAGCUUCAUUCCCAAAGGAUUCAUUAGACAGAUGGGAUUGGCCUGUCUGUGCUCUGCUAGGUUGAUUAUCACUCAUCCAUCUGCUUUCCAUCUUCCAAAAUUCUGUUGAUACCUCUUCUGUCAUGUGGAAUCCCUCUAGUUCUGUUUGCCCUGGUGAAACAUUAGAAUAUUUCAAAGGCUAGAGCGGAAUGUAAUAUUAAAUAAUGGCAACAGGUGACUUAAAAAGAAGCUUACGGAACCUAGAACAAGUGCUUCGCUCACUAAACUAUCCUCAAGAGGUGGAUUGUGUAGGUUUGGUUAAGGGAGAUACAGCAGCAUCUUUGCCCAUCAUUAGCUAUUCCCUUACCUCAUAUUCACCUUAUGUAGCAGAACUUCUGGUGGAAUCCAAUGUAGAGCUCAUAGCAAAGAAUGACUUGCGCUUUAUAGAUACUGUCUAUAAGCUUCUUCGUGAUCAAUUUAAUUAUAAACCAAUCUUGACGAAAAAACAGUUUCUCCAAUGUGGAUUUGCAGAAUGGAAAAUCCAAAUUAUCUGCGAUAUUUUGAAUUGUGUGAUGAAAAAGCACAAGGAGUUGAGUAGUCUGGAGAAGACUCCAUCACAACAAAGGAAGAAAAUUAAUUUUGUUAAGACAGAACCUUCUUCAAGCAAUGAGAAGACAUCUACAGAACCUGCUGGCACUGACAACAGGUUUAUGACUUCAGGAAAGAAGAAAGCGGUGGUGAUCCGUCACAUCUACAAUGAAGAUGGUAUUAAGAUUCCUGAUGAUACGUUAGGUUCAGUAACAGACAUGAAUGAGGCAUUUGCUGUGUGUGACUUAAAGGAUACUAACACAAAAAUUCCUGAAGAAAAGGCUCCUGAAAUCAAGUCUAAGCCACAAGAUAUAAAAGUUAAUCCUGAGAUUACUGCAGUACAGACUAUGCUUGCCGAAUGCCAAGAAAAGCUUAAGAAACUGACUCAGAUAGAGUACAGAUUAGACUGUUUGGAAGAAAAAAUGAAAGGAAAAGUGAUGGUAGAUGAAAAAACCUGGACCAAUCUUCUAAGUCGUGUCACCCUUCUUGAAACAGAAUUGCUUUUGUCCAAAAAGAAUGAUGAAUAUAUAGACUAUAAUGAAAUGAAUGAAGACUGUGCUUGUAGUAGUAACAUGGAUAUUCUGAAACCUGACAGAAAAAGCCAAGAGAGGGAAGCAAAUAUUCCUCUGUCUUCCAGUUAUAGUACAGUAUCAAUAGAUUCAACUCCCAGAACCUCAACUGUUAAUUACUUUGGUUUGAAAGAUAUUUCAGAGGAAACAACAAUCCAGAAAAUGGAAAGGAUGAAAAAAAUGUUUGAAGAAACUGCAGAGUUGCUGAAAGGUUCAAAUCACUAAUUAUAGAAUUUUUCUACAUGAACUUUUCCAGGAUUUUGG